CUUAUUUGGUACUCGUUUUCUCUUGAUUUCAUUAUCAGUUUACCUAUAUUAGUGCAUCAUGUUUGUCGGAAACAGUGCCUACCUAGGUAGGUAUGCAACAUCCAUCCCAGGCUUUGGCGGAGUGUAUAAAAUGAGCUCUGUUAUAUACCUGGUGCCUACCUCCCAGGUCGACACAAUUCCUGUGGAGUUCAGGAUAUACAUCUCGGCGACAGACAUCAUUCAUCAUGUCGACAUCAGAAAAUUCCUUUCCUAAAGACAUCUCUCAUCAUACCAUUAAUAAACUAUUAAAGUCCAUCACGCUACCAGAGGCAACUAAUAUUGUUCACAAGAUAGACACCAACUUCCAUGCCAUCUACAUGAUAACGUUGCCACCCGGCCAAAAGAGUACUUGUGGGUGUGAGCCGUUUUAUCAUAAUGAGUUGGUCCUCUGCGUUUCUGCGGACUACUGGCCUAGCAUCAAGAUCGAAAAUGAGCUAGGUGUUAUGAAUUACAUUUCUAAUUGUAUUACCAAGGUUUCCGUGCCAACGUUACAUUUAUGUGAGAACACAAGAAAUAAUCCAUUAGGUUACGAGUACACGCUAUUAGCUCGCGUUCCUGGCGAUACUCUAAGUGACAUCUGGCAAGGCCUAGACGAUCAACAAAGGGACGGGAUUCUGGACCAGCUUGGGGACAUCCUUGCCGAGCUGCAUUCUCAUAAGUGGUAUGGAAUUGGCGGCAUUGACGAGGAAUUCUGGAUGUCUAGUGAUGGCGACCGUGAUCGCCUAGAUAACCUAUCACAGGUCAUAGAUGAAACUUUCUGGACCAUUUCCCAGACAGCACUCUGGCCCGCUGACGAAACGAUACAGAGUCUUAACACUAGUGGCCCAUUCAAAACCUACACAGAUUACAUAUCAGCCCAGAUCAGUCUCUAUAUACGUCAAAUACGACUGCACGACAAUCUCGAGUUCUACCGGCUCCAAUCAUAUCGCCUCGAGGCAUUCUUAACUGUUCUGGAAGAGCACGCCGAAGAGCUCAAUAAGACUCGGUUCAUCCUCGCUCACAAGGACUUGCAUUUCGGCAACAUCAUGUACGACCGGAAGUCUGGUAAGAUCACCUCAAUCCUGGACUGGGGGUUCGCCGGCGUGGUGCCGGCCCCGAAGUGGAACCCGCGCAAGGCGUUUCUCUGGGACUGCGAUAGUUCCGAGAAGGGCAAGGCGGCGAGAGAUCUUCUUAUGCAGAGGUUCAUGCAGCGCUGCGAGGCCAGGGGCGUGAAGCCGUUACCUGACGAAGUAGAAUAUACGUCGCCGCGCCAGAAGGCGAUGCAGGAGAUCGCGGACCACGUGAGGGCAAUCAUCGAGGUCAAGGUAAAGAAUCAAUACUCGGAAACCACUAAGAUGCAGCUACAGCUCGACGAGCGGGUAAAGGAGUGGGAAGAUACGGUAUCCAAGGCCCUAGAGGUCUUCGGCAUUUCUAGCUCUGUAUCUAUUAAGUAGACGUCUACGUUGUAACGAUAGUUAAAUAUUAGCGACAGCCGUUUAAUAAAAGU